ACUUCCCUUGGUGCAGACCGAGACUCCUCCCUUCUUCUGCACGUCCCUCCCUACCCGGUCAGCUCCAGGGCGUCUGCCUCCUGCUGACCUGCUCUUCACCAUUAGACAAGCUUGACGUCAAGACCCCAAUGGCUAACGAAGCUAACCCUUGCCCAUGUGACAUCGGUCACAAGCUAGAGUAUGGUGGCAUGGGCCAGGAAGUUCAAGUUGAGCACAUCAAGGCGUAUGUCACCCGGUCCCCCGUGGAUGCAGGCAAAGCCGUGAUUGUUGUCCAGGACAUAUUUGGCUGGCAGCUACCCAACACCAGAUAUAUGGCCGACAUGAUUGCUGGAAAUGGAUACACAACUAUUGUCCCAGAUUUCUUUGCGGGCCAAGAGCCAUGGGACCCAGCUGGUGACUGGUCCACCUUCCCUGAGUGGCUGAAAUCAAGAGAUGCCAGAAAAGUCAAUCGAGAGGUUGAUGCUGUCUUGAGGUAUCUGAGACAACAGUGUCAUGCCCAGAAGAUUGGCAUUGUGGGCUUCUGCUGGGGGGGUAUUGUGGUGCACCAUGUGAUGAUGACAUACCCGGAAGUCAGGGCGGGGGUGUCUGUCUAUGGUAUCAUCAGAGAUUCUGAAGAUGUUUAUAAUUUGAAGAACCCAACGUUGUUUAUUUUUGCAGAAAAUGAUGUUGUGAUCCCACUUGAGCAGGUUUCUACACUGAUCCAGAAGCUUAAAGAACACUGCAUAGUGAAUUACCAGGUUAAGACAUUUUCUGGGCAAACUCAUGGCUUUGUGCACCGGAAGAGAGAAGACUGCUCCCCUGCUGACAAGCCCUACAUCGAGGAGGCAAGGAGGAACCUCAUCGAAUGGCUGAACAAGCACAUCUAACUGCACGGUUACCCACAUCUGCCUGAAUAAUUAAACACCAUCUCCUACACUACAUGAUAGCAUAACUAAUAAUUAGGGGAGUCUGGGGGCAAUUCAGGGACCAGCUAAAUUCUCAGAUAUGGUCUUAUGUUGGCAACUGAAGCGUUAAGAUGUAUAAAGCCAGGAAGAUCAGUGUCCCUAUGUGUAUAAUCAACCCCCCUAGCGAAGUGUUGACACUCAGUUCUUACAGCUCUGACUAGUCAACCUAAUAAAGUGAUCUUUACAACGUG